AUGGAAGAGCCACCAGCCAUGGCUGUGGGCAAGGAGCGCUCCGACUUGGCUUCCUUACCAUCCAACGUCAUGCGAACAAUGCCCUACACCUCGUACAUCGCUGUGGGUUCCUACGCGAUCAUCGCUGGCUCUGAAGAAGCAGCAUGGUUGGAGGUGUGCCUCCUGGCCAAUGAGCUCCUCAACGCACUCUUCAAGUUCAUUCCCGCUCGCAUCGUGGGCAAGCAGGCCUCAUUACUGCGAAGGCCUGCUGGAGCCGCUGAUAGCGGCAUAUAUCCAGCGCACCACCCCAAGCUCAGCUCAACGAGCGGCAUGCCCAGCGGCCACGCGCAGACCAGUACGCUGCUGGGGACCAUCUUCACUUGCCACAUUUUGGAACUCGGACCCGUGGGAGAUUCCGAAGUCGUCGGCGUGAACGCGCAGGUGUCGGCUCAUGCAGCUUGCGCCAUUGCGUAUGUGUGGCUACUGGCCAUCGCUGUCAUUCUGUCCCGCACCCGCUUUGGUGGCCCACUUCGAGUGAACAUCGGCGGCCGCAACGUGGCCCAGUCACCCGGAAUCACUGGCACAAGGCCCCUUUUUCAGACACCCUUUGCCACCAGCCUCUCGUCCCUGAUGGCAGCUUGUCGCAUGCGCGGCCACAGAGGCUUGGUGCUCCUUCUGUGCCUCUUGUGGCCGACUUGCUGUGAUGGAGGCGGUGUUGGCAAUGUGCAGUUUACAGACAUUGACACGGAUGAGUACAUGAUCGAAGGGGUCAUCUCUUGGGAUCCGCCUGCGGAUGAAGCCUCCGUACUUCAUUACGCGGUGUGGGUUUCCCACGAGAAGGACAAAGAGCAUCUACCCGCCAUCCAGUUCCUCGCCAUGAAAGUCCCGUACAACUCCAGCACAGACCCUGUGGAAUACCACGUGCCCGUCGGCACAAACCAAGUCACUUUGGAGAACACCGCUCGAGACUUGCAGUUUGGGUUCUACGGAACGUGGAUCAUGGUGCUGGCCAAUCGGGAUGGCGUUGAUAUGGAAACCACCUUCGAAGAAGCUGGUUACGCGGCAAUUUACGAUUCCUCGCCCCACGAACUAGGAGAUGUCGUCGUGGCAAACAUCGCGUUCACGGACGAAGAUUAUCUUGAGAAUUUCAUUGGAGGGACUGUCACUUGGCAGCGCAGCUCUACGCAGGACUACGGCUUUGUGUCCGAGUUUCAUGUGUACUUGGCAGAUGACGCAGCAGGCACCAAUGAGAGGUUUCUUGGAUCUGUGGAAGCGAUGCUUUUUACCUAUGUGAUCGCAAAUGGCACAGCCGCCACCGAACGCUACAUCUUGGUAUACGCUUCAAACCCCAAUGGUCGUGCCACUGCAGCCGCAUCAGCCACGUUCUCGGACUGGAUUUGGACACCUCCUUUCACGAUUACAUCCACAUCCACGUUCACGCGCACGAGCUCAACAACCACAUCAACAACAUCUUCACACACCCGAACAUCAUCCGCAACAUCCACGACUUCUGAAACUUUCACCCAGACGUCAACCUCACAGUCUAUCUCUUCCACAGUCACGGCAUCGACCACCUCAGCCACCUCCUCCACCACAUCUGCAUCCGCCACGGCUACAUCAUCUUCUUCGAGCUCGCGCUCCUCAUCUACGUCGAGCACAACUUCCACUUCCUCCUCUACAUCAGCAAGCUCUACUUCGACGUCGACGUCCUCUUCGACAACUUCCUCAAGCAGUAGCUCCACAUCGUCAACCACUUCCUCCACGAGCUCCACAUCGUCCUCAACUAGCUCCUCGUCAUCUUCCACGUCUACUUCUUCAGCUAGCUCCACAAGUACAACAACAUCCACCUCCACAUCCUCAACAAGCUCUUCCACCAGCUCGAGCUCCACAAGCACUGCGUCAUCCACAACAAGCACUACAUCAACAUCGACGACAUCAACGAGCACAAGCAGCAGUAGCUCGACCAGUACCACCACCAGCACCACAUCUGCCAGCACUACAAGUACGUCUUCAACAACCUCAACAACUACAUCAACAUCGACGACAUCAACGAGCACAAGCAGCAGUAGCUCGACAAGCACAAGCACGAGCACAGCAACUACAAGCACGUCCGGCACAUCCACGUCAAGUUCAACGACGACGUCAACAUCGAGGACAUCUACAAGCACCAGCGCGACCAGCUCGACCAGCAGCAGCACCAGCACAACAUCUACAAGCACCGCAAGCACAUCAACGUCAACCUCAACCACUACAUCAAGUUCGACCACAUCAACAAGCACACGAAGCAGUAGUUCGACUAGCACAAGCGCCAGCAGCACCAGCUCCAGCAGCACCAGUUCCAGCACAACGUCGACGAGUAUCAGCAGCACUUCUUCCUCCAGCUCGAGUUCGACCAGCUCCUCUUCCACAACAUCUACUUCCUCAACUACCACAACAAGAAGCACAACACCAACCACCACCUCCACGACAUCGUCAACGAGCACGUCCAGCACAACGACAUCUUCAACCUCCAGCACAUCAACAAGUACCACCAGCACCUCAACGUCUAGCAGUACAACAUCAUCCAGUUCGACUACCGCGUCCUCGACGACUCAGACUGCAACAGCCUCGACAUCUUCCACAACAACCACGAGCGCAACAGUGUCGUCCACAAACACGCUGACGAGCAGCACGUCCACGUCAACGAGCACUGCAUCCUCAACCACUUCGACAUCGACAUCGGCCACCAGCAGCAGUACUACAAGCUCGUCUACAUCCAGCUCGUCUUCGUCCUCUUCUAGAUCGAGCACAAGCACCUCGUCCACGUCCUCUAGCACGUCGACCUCGUCAACUUCCAGCUCCACAUCAUCUACCACAUCUACCACAUCUACCUCAAGCAGUAGCUCCACAUCGUCAACAACUUCCUCCACGAGCUCCACAUCGUCCUCAACUAGCUCCUCGUCAUCUUCCACGUCUACUUCUUCAGCUAGCUCCACAAGUACAACAACAUCCACCUCCACAUCCUCAACAAGCUCUUCCACCAGCUCGAGCUCCACAAGCACUGCGUCAUCCACAACAAGCACUACAUCAACAUCGACGACAUCAACGAGCACAAGCAGCAGUAGCUCGACCAGUACCACCACCAGCACAACAUCUACAAGCACAACAAGUACAUCUUCAAAGACCUCAACAACUACAUCAACAUCGACGACAUCAACGAGCACAAGCAGCAGUAGCUCGACCAGUACUGCCACCAGCACAACAUCUACAAGCACUACAAGUGCAUCUUCAACCACCUCAACAACUACAUCAAUGUCGACGACAUCAACGAGCACAAGCAGCAGUAGCUCGACCAGUACCACCACCAGCACAACAUCUACAAGCACUACAAGUACAUCUUCAACAACCUCAACAACCACAUCAGCAUCGACGACAUCAGUGAGCACGAGCAGCACCAGCUCGACAAGCACAAGCACGAGCACAACAUCUACAAGCACGUCCGCCACAUCCACGUCAACCUCAACGACGACGUCAACUUCGAGGACAUCUACAAGCACCAGCGCGACCAGCUCGACCAGCAGCAGCACCAGCACAACAUCUACAAGCAGUACAAGCACAUCGACGUCAACCUCAACGACUACAUCAAGUUCCACCACAUCAACAAGCACACGAAGCAGUAGUUCGACUAGCACAAGCGCCAGCAGCACCAGCUCCAGCAGCACCAGUUCCAGCACAACGUCGACGAGUAUCAGCAGCACUUCUUCCUCCAGCUCGAGUUCGACCAGCUCCUCUUCCACAACAUCUACUUCCUCAACUACCACAACAAGAAGCACAACAUCAACCACCACCUCCACGACAUCGUCAACGAGCACGUCCAGCACAACAACAUCUUCGACCUCCAGCACAUCAACAAGUACCACCAGCACCUCAACGUCUAGCAGCACAACAUCAUCCAGUUCGACUACUGCGUCCUCGACGACUCAGACUGCAACAGCCUCGACAUCUUCCACAACAACCACGAGCGCAACAGUGUCGUCCACAAGCACGCUGACGAGCAGCACGUCCACGUCAACGAGCACUGCAUCCUCAACCACUUCGACAUCGACAUCGGCCACCAGCAGCAGUACUACAAGCUCGUCUACAUCCAGCUCGUCUUCGUCCUCUUCUAGAUCGAGCACAAGCACCUCGUCCACGUCCUCUAGCACGUCGACCUCGUCAACUUCCAGCUCCACAUCAUCUACCACAUCUACCACAUCUACCUCAAGCAGUAGCUCCACAUCGUCAACAACUUCCUCCACGAGCUCCACAUCGUCCUCAACCAGCUCCUCGUCAUCUUCCACGUCCACUUCUUCAGCUAGCUCCACAAGUACAACAACAUCCACCUCCACAUCCUCAACAAGCUCUUCCACCAGCUCGAGCUCCACAAGCACUGCGUCAUCCACAACAAGCACUACAUCAACAUCGACGACAUCAACGAGCACAAGCAGCAGUAGCUCGACCAGUACCACCACCAGCACAACAUCUACAAGCACUACAAGUACAUCUUCAACAACCUCAACAACUACAUCAACAUCGACGACAUCAGUGAGCACGAGCAGCAGCAGCUCGACAAGCACAAGCACGAGCACAACAUCUACAAGCAGUACAAGUGCAUCUUCAACCACCUCAACCACUACAUCAACAUCGACGACAUCAACGAGCACAAGCAGCACCAGCACGACCAGCUCGACCAGCAGCAGCACCAGUACAACAUCUACAAGCAGUACAAGCACAUCGACGUCAACCUCAACGACUACAUCAAGUUCCACCACAUCAACAAGCACACGAAGCAGUAGUUCGACUAGCACAAGCGCCAGCAGCACCAGCUCCAGCAGCACCAGUUCCAGCACAGCGUCGACAAGUAUCAGCAGCACUUCUUCCUCCAGCUCGAGUUCGACCAGCUCCUCGUCCACAACAUCUACUUCCUCAACUACUACAACAAGAAGCACAACAUCAUCCACCACCUCCACGACAUCGUCAACGAGCACGUCCAGCACAACAACAUCUUCGACCUCCAGCACAUCAACAAGUACCACCAGCACCUCAAUGUCUAGCAGUACAACAUCAUCCAGUUCGACUACCACGUCCUCGACGUCUCAGAGUUCAACAUCUUCCACAUCUUCCACAAGCACCACCUCCUCAUCCAGCACAUCGUCUUCAACUUCUUCCACAACAACCACGAGCGCAACAGUGUCGUCCACAAGCACGCUGACGAGCAGCACGUCUACGUCAACGAGCACCGCAUCCUCAACCACUUCGACAUCGACAUCGGCCACCAGCAGCAGUACUACAAUCUCGUCUACAUCCAGCUCGUCUUCGUCCUCUUCUACAUCGAGCACAAGCACCUCGUCCACGUCCUCUAGCACGUCGACCUCGUCAACUUCCAGCUCCACAUCAUCUACCACAUCUACCACAUCUACCUCAAGCAGUAGCUCCACAUCGUCAACAACUUCCUCCACGAGCUCCACAUCGUCCUCAACCAGCUCCUCGUCAUCUUCCACGUCUACUUCUUCAGCUAGCUCCACAAGUACAACAACAUCCACCUCCACAUCCUCAACAAGCUCUUCCACCAGCUCGAGCUCCACAAGCACUGCGUCAUCCACAACAAGCACUACAUCAACAUCGACGACAUCAACGAGCACAAGCAGCGGUAGCUCGACCAGUACCACCACCAGCACCACAUCUACCAGCACAACAAGUACAUCUUCAACGACCUCAACAACUACCUCAACAUCGACGACUUCAACGAGCACAAGCAGCAGUAGCUCGACAAGCACAAGCACGAGCACAACAACUACAAGCACGUCCGGCACAUCCACGUCAAGUUCAACGACGACGUCAACAUCGAGGACAUCUACAAGCACCAGCGCGACCAGCUCGACCAGCAGCAGCACCAGCACAACAUCUACAAGCACUGCAAGCACAUCAACAUCAACCUCAACCACUACAUCAAGUUCGACCACAUCAACAAGCACGCGAAGCAGUAGUUCGACUAGCACAAGCGCCAGCAGCAGCAGCUCCAGCAGUACCAGCUCCAGCACAACGUCGACGAGUAUCAGCAGCACUUCUUCCUCCAGCUCGAGUUCGACCAGCUCCUCGUCUACAACAUCUACCUCCUCAACUACCACAACAAGAAGCACCACUUCAACAGCCUCAACUUCCAGCACAACCUCCAGCACUACCUCGUCAACAUCAACAGCAACGUCAUCGACGAGUAGCUCCACAAUUUCCUUCUCUUCUACUUCUGCGAGCUCCACGACAUCAAGUUCUUCGAGCUCCACCACUUCCUCCGGCACUGCCACGAGUAGCACGUCCACAUCCUCAACAACUUCGUCCCGAAGCUCGACGAGGUCCCUCACUUCUAGCACGUCGUCCUCUACCUCUUACUCCUCGUCCUCAUCCGUCUCGCACACAUCGUCAACGUCCUCCACCUACAGCCAGACAAGCACAACAUCCACGAACUCAGUGGCUUCAACUCUGUUGGGAACCUCACUUAGCCAAGAGUUGAACUUUAACCCUUUUUGGGUUUCCUUAUUCUGUAGGAAUCAUAAAAGUUCAUCCUCUUGUUUUUUCCCUCAAGGUUAUUGGAGAAAUUAA